UAGCGUGCCUUGGCCUGCCCUCCAUCUCUGCGAAAAUAGCUGCUAGGAAAACACACACGAAAAUGGCUUCAAAAGUAAAGAAACAAAGAAUUGAGACUGUGUCUGAAUAUGUAGUAAUCCCUGACAAUACCAACAAAAAACAGAAAACAAUUAAGGCAAAAGAAAAUGACGCCGGCUAUGGAUCUGGAGAAUUUUCAUUGGCCUGGAAUGUGGAUGACUACAGGACGGAAUAUGAGAGUGAGGAACAUUGGGAUUUGCGGCGCAGCUUCAUGGUCGCCCACAAGGAGCGCUUUGACGAAGACCGCCUGGUGUGCCUGGCUCAGACAUUCGUCAAUAUGGAAUUCCUCGGCUGCAAAUACCCAAGCGAAACGAUGCAUCUGGUGGCGGAAAUGUCCAAAGAAAUCGCUGAAGAGUUCAGAAGGAAGCGCGACCAGCGCCUGAAGCGAACAUUUGUCUCCGCAUCGGAUGCGGCGGAGCAGCGCGCCAAAGGGCGCAGUGGCACAACAAAGCCUAAUCAACUCCAGGAUGAGCAGCGGGGUGGCACGAAUCCAUACAGUCGAGAGCGUCAGUGUUUCGGCGACGGCAAGCCAAUUGAUCUCUUCGAGGGCCUACGUUUUGGCAAGCUGAUCCUAUAUCUAGACGGCGGACGUAGUUGUCUGCGCAAUUCGUGUGCCAUAAGCCACGUCAAGUACGAGGAGCGUCCGUGCAAAGAGCCCGAGUCCACCGAAAAUACCAAAUAUUCCGAGAUACUUGUAAAUAACGAGGUGAUUGCAGUUGGCCAAGGUGAAAACCUCAAGGAGGCCAAGAUUGCAGCAUUUAAACAGGCAUUGUUCCUGCUCCAGACACACUGCUAUAGCAUCAAGCUGAACGCCAGCCGACAGACCAUCAAAGUCGAAAAGACAAUCAAUGGUGUGAACAUAAAUGUGACGAAGGAGUCUGCCGAUAGCCUGGGCGGUCCCAAGUUGGAUGAAACCAACAAAGGCUACCGCAUGAUGCGCCUAAUGGGCUGGACGGGCAGUGGUCUGGGUCGCCAAAAGCAAGGACGCGAAGAACCCGUUGGAUAUUUGCUGAAAACCAAUCGCAGUGGCUUGGGUGGCUGCAACAAGCCGAAUGUAAAUCUGGCAAAAUUUCGCAAAAUGAUUGAAAAUUAUGUCAAAUCGGAUGAUAUGCGCGACAUGCAAUUUGAGCCAACGUUCUCCAAGGAAGAGCGUGCCUCAUUUCACAAGAUUGCGAGCAAAUACGGUUUACGCUCGAGUAGCUACGGCAAUGGGGAAUCUAGACGUCUUCUAAUUACGAAGAAAGCCAACCACAACACAAUACUCCAGGAAGUACUAUCCCGCCGAAAUCCAAAAUUCUGCGAGCGCUAUUUUGUUCAAGUCCCCAUGCAGAAGGCUCAUCUCUUCCCGGGCCACGUGGCGAGCUUGGAUCUGGAGGGGUUGGAUGAUUAACAAUUUAAGGAAAUUUCGUUGAAGCUCAGCUCAUUGUACUGCUAUAAUAAGGAUGAUUCUCUCAAUCAUUAAGUUGUAUUCUUUAAGAUGUUAAAAGUAUAAAUUCAUAUUUCCCCACGA